AUGGCUGAUGCAGUCCCUGCUGCGCCUGCCAGUACCCAGGAGCGCCAGAUGCUUGCUGAGCUUGAGGAGAUGCCCACCUUCCCUGACGGCGAGCGCUCGGGCAAGGGCCAGGGGACGGGCCGCUUCACCCAGCGCAAGCGCCAAGCCCUCGCGUCGUCCAAGGAAUUUGCCUCAAUGCGCGACACCAUCACCACCGAGGUGUCAGAGUCCGUCGCCAAGACCAUCACCUCCAACCACAACACGCUGCUCAAGAUGUUGUCCUCCAUGCAGGGCGAGGUGGCAAAGCAGUCCAGUGCCAUCGAGGGCCAGGUUCAAUCGGCGAUUGCCCCCAGGCUCGACUCGCUCAACAGGCGCCUCCAAGCCCAGCUCGACGAGCAGAAGCGCAGCAUCGCCGCGCUUGAGGGACGAGCUGACGAUCACGACAAAUCCAUUCAUGAUCUUCAAGAACAGCUGGCGGAGCUACGUCGCCAGAUGGCCAUCGCUGAGCAGACUCCCAGGAAGCAGCUUGCUGCUCCCACCUCCUUCGACCGCGAGGAGGACACCACGAUCGUCGUUGCCGUCUCGCAGCGACCAACUACCCUGGCAUCAGUGGUCUCCUCGCUGCGCCCGUGGCUCGGCGAGAUUGGCUUUGAUGAUGAACAGUACGAGAUCAAGCAGAAAGGCGAGUCUCCGGCCAGGAGGUUCGAGAUCUGCUUCUCGGGCUCGGCCACCAUCGCGUCGCGCCGUGCCAGCAAGACCACCUGGCUCCUCAAGGGACCCGAUGGCUGGAAGGAGUUCUGGGUCGACCCCCCUGGCGCCGAGCGCUGCCGUUUGCACCUGGGCCCCGACAAGUCGCCCAAGCGUAUCAAGACCGAGGUCACCCUACGCAAGGCCAGGGCGAUCGUCGAGCUACAGUACCCUGGCAAGCGAUUUUACUCCGACCGCGAGCAUGGCGUCCUCUCCAUCGGUUGGGACAAGAUCAUGCACGUCAAUGUCUUCCACGGCGACACCCCGCCCAAGAUUUACUGGGACUCCGCGCAGCUCGCCAAGCACGCCAUGGCUAUCGACACACUUCGCAAUGCGGUCAAGGAGCUCACGCACCCGUCCGACCCCAGCCAGUGGCCGGCGUCUACGUUUCGGAUUGCCACUUGGAAUUCUCGGGCACUUCUUCAGGCUGGCGGGGACAAGGCCAUUCUGAAGAGAAAGUAUGUUCUCAGUCUUCGUCCCCUCUCCACGGUCAUCGCGCUGCAGGAGGUGCACCAGGACCACUUCCAGCUCGUCUCGUUCUUCAGAUCGAUCGCGUCAGGCCCCACGAUCCACUCCAGCUUCAUUUCCGACGCAGAUGACGGGCAUCGGCGGGGUGGAGUUGCUGUGGUGCAUCCGCCGUUGGCUUGUCAGGGGUUCUCCGCACCGUCGACAUCCUCCACUGUCUUGGUACCUGGCCGAGCGAUGCUAGUCCGUGUUCGGGAUGACUGCCGCACGCUCGACAUCUUCAACGUUCACAAUCAUGGUCUGUCCGCCCAGCAAGUUCUCGGAGUGGCUGCCGCGAUACGAGCAUCGCAACGUUCGGCUGCUCUCGACCCCGACAUGUACACCACCUUUGUCCUCGGGGACUUCAAUUUUGCCACGCACGAGGCUCUUGCGCUCGCUGCCCCUGCGGCGGCCGCGCGCAAGCUGUCGAAGUGCCACCACGUGCAGGCGACCAAGUGGCGCCAGGCUCUCGCCCUCCUGACGGAGAUUGCGUGCGAGGACCCCACGCACUACGAGAAGUUCAACAACUCGUGCGCGACGAUCGACCGCGUCUUCUGCUCGAUCACGGGCUGGCAGCUCUGCCAGUUGCAUGUCCAGAUUGGCGCGCUUGGCACGCCGGCGGCUGUCUUCGACAAAAAGAUCUCUGACCAUGCCGCUGUUGUUCUCUCGCUUGCCUGCCGCCCGCCUCGACCUGUGGAGUCUCGCCCCAUUCCCAAACACCUGUUCUCGGAGCCUGGUUUCAAGAGGCGCCUGGAGGGGCUGUGCUCCUGCAUCCCGUGGGACUCCAUGUCGCCCCCGUUCAAGGUUGAAAAGUACAAGGAGCUUUUGAAGAUUUCGGCCGCGGAGACCAGGGACACCCUCUUUCGGGACAGGCCGCAUCACCCGCACACCUGCCUGCUGCUCGCUCGUGCUCUGGCCCGUGCUGUAUGGAGGCAAGACCUGCGUGUGGCUUCCAGGCUCCAGGACUCCCACCCCCUGGCCAUUGACAUGAUUUCGAUUACCGACGGGAAGGUCGAACUCCGCCACCCGCCGUCCUUCCAGGCAUGGGUCGACCAGGUCCAGACUGAGGCUGCCGAGUCCGCGAAGGCAGAACUUGAAGAUCGCAGACGGCGUGAAGGUGACCGCGUCCAGAUUCGUGCCCAGGUUCGUGCGCUUGAACGGCGUGCUCGUCUCUGGUCCCCUCUCAAUCGCAGGAUCUCGCUCUCAGCGGUUAUCGCGCCAGAUGGCUCUGCGGUCAGCGUACCCUCUGACCGCCUGCGGGUGCUCUCGGAGCACUGGGCCCCCGUUCGAGUCUUGGGCCUCAGGAACUGUGACCUGAAGCUCAUCUCCUCCACCGUCAAUCGGGCGAUCCGCCCUGCCCUGGUAUCCCUCGCCCCGCCGUGCCAGCGUGGAUUCAUACCCGGUAGGAAUUUCGGCAACAACAUCCUCGAGCUCGACGUUUCGAGUCGUCAGAUGUCGGUCGUACCUCACGGGUCUACUGAUAUUCCUGUGCUGUAUUCCUUGGACUUCGGCCAGGCCUUCCCGUCUCUGAAUCAGGACUUCCUCAUUCUCUCCCUUAGGGCCCUCAAGCUGCCCGAAGCCUUCGUGUCCUUCGUCACGUUCCUCUAUGCAUCGGUGGAAGGGGUUGUCUCGCACCUAGGCUCGCUAGUGCACAUCUUCUGGAUCCAGAGCGGCAUCAUCCAGGGUUGUGCCUUAUCGGGCACUCUCUAUGCGUUGAGUACGGCUGUCUUCUUGGUCGACCUGGCUUCUCGGGUGGAGGCCGCUGGCCUUGGCCUGGUUCGGGCCUGUGCUGACGACAUUGGGGGCACGUUAUUGGCCAUACGGCACCUAGUACAUGUGUAUCGGGUUAUGCAGAUGGCCUCGGACAUGGCCAACCUCGCCCUGAAGGUCUCGAAAUGCAAGAUUGUCCCGCUGUCUGACAGGUUCUCGCCCGACCUCUCAGCCACAGUCUCCUUCUGGGUCUCCCAUCUGGUCCCCGAGUGGAGCUCGUUCGAGGUGGCUCCGAAGUUGCUCUACCUGGGCCUCUGGCUGGGGCCUGCUGUCGUUCCGUCCACCUGUUGGAUUGAUCCCGUCGCCAAAUUGCGUCUCAGGGCCCAAGCCAUUGGGCGGGGAACCACUCCUGCCAGCCUUUCCGCUACACUGUACAAUACUCGUGCCGUUACGACCAUAUCUUACGUUGCCCAAUUCUGCUGGCCGCCAUCGUCAGUGCUGCAGCCUGAGUUGGCGACGCUCGCGCAGGUGUUCCGCAUCCCGCUCGGCACUUUCGCCCUCGACUUCUGGACGCAGAUCGCGCAGUGGGGCGGCCCGCGCUGCACGCGGUGGGGGCACCUGGCCGUCGCCACCAUCACUCGUGCUGCUCUGCACACUUUCCCAGGCUGGGAGAGGCUCCCCCAGCAGUUGCGGAACCACGCGCGCUCCGCCCCGUACGAUGCCACCCUGUCCAUGCUGGCGACUGGCAAGCCGUACCCGUCCUUCUGGUUGGCCCCCGCCUUUGUGGAGAAUCUGGCGCUGGCCGCCGCUGGCACCCCUCCCCCUGGCCCGCUGGCCGUCUUUGGUGCUCGUGCUGCCGACGUUGCGCUGGCUGAACUUCGAGAGAGCGGCCGACCUCGUCCUCGACCUCAGAGAGCUGCUCACGAAGCGCUUCGGGCCUAUGCGAUGCUGAACAAGCCCAUCACCGACCUCUUCGUGCUCCGCCUGAGGAAGUUCGCAGGCAGAUCGGCGGGCCUCCUUUCGAACAUCGAUUGGGGCGAGUGCAAGAGCGUCCUCGCCCGCUGCCCGUGCUCAUGGGCUAUGGCCGUCCUGCGCACUUGGUCUGAUGGUUGGAUGACUUCGGCCCGUAUCAUCUCACCCGACGGCCAGAAGCACUGCGUAUUUGGUUGUCUGGGCAAGCUCGACUCGUUGCGGCACUACGCGAGAUGUCCUGUCAUGCACCGUGCCCUUCGGCAGGCUCUCGCGAGACCGAUUCCGCUCCCGUGGAUGGCCAGAUGGGGCUUAUCUGAACCAUCGCUGGCCACCUUCUCGGCGUUGGCUGCCGCGUACAGCAUGUACAACGAAGCGAGGCUGGCGCCCGUGUGGCCGCUGUCCCCGUCCCUCCUCCGCAGCUGUGCUCUCGCUGGUGCACGUUCGAUGCAGCUCGCGUCGCCGCUGAAGUGCUCGGAGAUCGACCGCGAGCAGCUCGGCCGACGGGACUACCUCAUUCGUCCCCGCGACGGGUUCAGUUACGUGCUGUCCUUCGGCUUCGGCGACCUCCCCCCCGCCUUCCUCCGCGCCCCCGACGAUGGCGCGCUCCCCAUCGACUCUGAGGGCGGCCCCAUCACCAUCUAUGCCUUUGAGAACUCCACUGAUGGCGCCCGCCUGCUCAUCAAUUUCGCCGCCGGCCCCGAUUUCGCCCUGCUCAUGUGUGUCGCCGUCUCCGCCAGUACGGCAUUCGUUGGGGACGAGCUGGCCGGCGAGAUGGCCUCGAACCCAGAGUCGCCCUACAACAGCACGCUCUCGCCGGACAGCUACAGGAGCCGGCACCGGCCCACAUGCACUGGCCGCGGACAGCUGAUGGAGCCCCCCGUCGAGCGCAGCGGCCUCGACGUCGAGGCCGAGAAGGUGGCGCUGGUCCUGGGGCAGAUCUUCCCGUCCACCCGCGAGACUGGGCCGAAGAACAUCGAGGUCAAGGAGAAGGCAUUCCCGAUGACGCCUCAGCCGCCGCAGCCGGGCCUCACGAGGACGAGGGGCACCGUCCUGUGCGUGAACACCCCCAGCGGCAAGUCUGGC